GGACUACGGGGCCCGUCCCAUAGACUUCUGGGGGAGAGGAGGGUAUCGCCUCCAAGCCCAGCUCCCGUCUUCUUCCUGGCAGGAAGCCGCGGAGAAAGCGAAUCCCGCCUGAGCCACGCCUUGAGCCCUGCCUCUCCUGCCCCCUUUUCCCCCCUGCAGUUCGUGGCCUUCUGCUCCAGGCACACCGAGGACCACCCUGAGGUCAUCUCCUACCUCUCCGGCCGCCACCAGAAGACCAGUCCGGAGUACCUGGCUUCCGUGGAGUUUCACAAUGUCCUGAGCCGCUGCCUGACGCGGGUGCAAGCCAGGAGUGAAAAAGUCUAUGUCUACAUUAAUGAACUCUGCACCACCUUCCGGGCCCAUUCGCAGAGGAGAAGGGCCGUGCCCCCGGCCCCCGCAGACACCCAGGAUGCCCCGGCUGCCCUCGCCUCCCAGACGCCCUCUGAGACCGCCAAGCCCUGCGCGGGCUCCAAGCGGCAGAUCCGCUACCUGGAGAACCUGCUGCGGGUUUACGCCAACGAGAUCCGGCGGCUGCAGGAGCAGGAGCUGGACUUGGAGGAGCUGGACAGCCAGGAUUCGGCCUACCUGCAGGAGAGCCGCCUCAAGCGCCGGCUGAUGCACGUCUUCAAGCGCCUCUGCCAGCUGAAGGACUGCAGCAGCCUGACCGGCCGCGUCAUAGAGCAGCGCAUCUCCUACCGCGGGACCCGCUACCCGGAGGUCAACCGGCGCAUAGAGCGGCUGAUCAACCAGCCGGAGGCCUUCCCAGACUUUGCCGACAUCCUCAAGGUGGUGCAGAAGGCCAGCGAACGUCACAAGCUGGGGCUGCCCAAGCGCCAGAUGGAGGCCAUGGCAGCCGACGCCUUCCGGGACGUGGGCGCCCGGCUGCAGGAGCGGCGUCGCCUCGACCUGGUCUACAACUUCGGCAGCCACCUCACCGACAAGUAUCGGCCUAAUACUGACCCAGCUAUGGGGGAUGUGGAGCUAGCCCGGCACCUGCAACGCAACCAGGCGCUGGGUGUGCAGCGCCUGGAGGAGGUGAUCACCCAGUUCGCUCAGCUGCAGGACAAGAGCGAGGAGGAGCAGCAGCAGCAGGGGGGGAGGCCCCCCAGGCAGGACGGCAGAGGCCCCCAGCCCGGCAGGGCCAGGGAGGGGGGGCCAGCCUCCCCGGAGGAGUCCGUCUCGGGAACAGCCGCCAGAGAGGACAGUGCAGGGCCCAAGGAGGUCAGUGAAAAGAAGGGAACAUGGGACGAAGAGGAAGAUGAGGAGGAGGAAGAGGAGGAGGAAGAGGAGGAGGAAGACUCGGACUCUGAGUCAGACCUAGACACGGAGCUGGCCCACUGCCUGGAUGAUGCAGAGGACGAGGAGGAGGAGGAGGAGGAGGCGGUGGCAGCGGCAGGUGAGGAGCCCCCUGCUGCAGACGGGGACGCUGACCAGCAGAUGGACCCGGAGGAGCCUGAGGUGGCCCUGCUCUCCGCAGAGGAGGAGGAGGAGGAGGAGGAGGAAGUCUUCCCGGACUCCCCUCCCCAGCAGUUGCUCUUGCAGCUCAAGCAAGACGAGGAGGAGGAGAAAGGGGGGCAGCAGAGCCCGGCCCCCGGGGCCCCCCCGGCGGCCCCCAAGCGCAGCAACUCGUUGGAGAACGGGGAUCUCAACGGGCAGCCGCCCAGCAAGAGGAGCCGGCCUUGGGGGCAGCCCGUGGGCUCCAGCAGCAGCAGCAUCACCAGCACCACCCCCACCACCACCCCCGGGGACGUCGGCUGCAUCCGGGUGCCCAGCUCGGGCUCGGAGGGGGAGGAGUGGCUGCCCUCCCGCAGCAGCCCGGAGCCCCUGGCCGACUCCACCCGCCCGGACUCCCCCGGGGUGGGCCUGGUCUCCAGCAGCCAGGGCAGCCCCCGGCCACAGCAGCAGCAGAAGACCAGGAUGAAGCCACGUUCGCCGGAGGACCUGCUCCUCACCAGGACCAGCGUGGCCACCCAGUGCGACCCGGAGGAGAUCAUCGUCCUCUCCGACUCGGAGUAGCAGCCGCGGAGAGGGGGGGCGCGGGGGGGGCGGGGCCCGGAGGAGAGUAAAGACUUAUUUUUGUG